CGUAUCCAGUAUCCACCACCGUGCUUCGCCAUACACACACUAGACCGCUACUAAAGCACUGAGAUUAACAAAUAUGGGAUUUGAUCUGAUUGACUCUCACACAAAGGAUUACUAGUAAUAUAUUUUAAUAAUCGCCGACAAUUUCUUCAGAUCUCCAAAAAAAAUCUGAUAAUAUAAAAACCCUUAAAGAUUUGCAUCUGAUCUGGUUUUGCGAGUGCGUGUGAAGCUGAGAGAGAGAAGCGAUGGGGCACCUGAGUCUACCUGCAUCGAAGCGUAACCCUCGUCAAUGGCGUCUCCUCGACAUCGUAACCGCUGCUUUCUUCGGUAUCGUGCUUCUCUUCUUCGUCCUUUUGUUCACUCCUCUCGGCGAUUCCAUGGCGGCUUCUGGUAGGCAAACGCUGCUUCUAUCGACGGCGUCAGAUCCGAGGCAGCGGCAGAGAUUGGUGACUUUGGUUGAAGCUGGUCAGCAUUUGCAGCCGAUCGAGUAUUGUCCGGCGGAGGCAGUUGCUCACAUGCCUUGUGAGGAUCCAAGGAGGAAUAGUCAGCUUAGUCGAGAGAUGAAUUUCUAUAGGGAGAGACAUUGUCCCUUGCCUGAGGAGACUCCUCUCUGCUUGAUUCCUCCGCCAGAAGGUUAUAAAAUCCCUGUUCCUUGGCCUCAGAGCCUUCACAAGAUCUGGCAUGCAAACAUGCCAUAUAAUAAAAUUGCUGACCGGAAAGGUCACCAAGGAUGGAUGAAAAGGGAAGGGGAAUACUUCACUUUCCCAGGCGGUGGCACCAUGUUCCCUGGUGGAGCUGGCCAAUACAUUGAGAAACUUGCUCAGUAUAUUCCUCUUAAUGGUGGAACUCUGCGAACUGCCCUUGACAUGGGAUGCGGGGUAGCAAGUUUCGGAGGCACUCUACUAUCUCAAGGCAUUCUAGCGCUCUCAUUUGCUCCAAGAGAUUCACAUAAAUCGCAAAUUCAAUUCGCCUUGGAAAGAGGAGUUCCUGCAUUUGUAGCCAUGCUUGGCACUCGUAGACUCCCUUUUCCUGCAUACUCCUUUGACCUGAUGCAUUGUUCCCGAUGCUUGAUUCCUUUUACCGCUUACAAUGCAACUUACUUCAUCGAAGUAGAUAGGUUACUGCGCCCUGGGGGAUAUCUUGUAAUCUCUGGCCCACCUGUACAAUGGCCUAAACAAGACAAAGAAUGGGCUGAUCUUCAGGCGGUAGCUAGAGCUUUGUGCUAUGAGUUGAUUGCGGUCGAUGGAAACACUGUCAUCUGGAAGAAGCCUGUUGGAGAUUCAUGUCUGCCCAGCCAGAAUGAGUUUGGGCUCGAGUUGUGUGAUGAGUCUGUUCCACCAAGUGAUGCAUGGUAUUAUAAAUUGAAGAAGUGUGUUACCAGGCCAUCGUCCGUUAAAGGAGAAUUUGCUUUGGGAACUAUUUCCAAGUGGCCGGAAAGGCUUACUAAAGUUCCUUCUAGGGCAAUUGCCAUGAAAAACGGGUUGGAUGUGUUUGAAGCAGAUGCAAGGCGGUGGGCAAGACGAGUUGCUUAUUACAAGGAUUCUCUGAACUUGGAGAUUAAAUCUCCAGCUGUCCGCAAUGUCAUGGACAUGAAUGCAUUCUUCGGAGGCUUUGCUGCAGCCCUUGCAUCUGAACCUGUUUGGGUUAUGAAUGUUAUUCCAGCUCGGAAGCCAUUAACUCUUGACGUGAUUUAUGACAGAGGUCUCAUCGGUGUUUACCAUGAUUGGUGUGAACCUUUUUCAACGUAUCCUCGUACGUAUGAUUUCAUCCACGUAUCAGGAAUUGAAUCACUAAUAAAACGACAAGACUCAAGCAAAUCGAGGUGUAGCCUCGUAGAUCUAAUGGUAGAGAUGGACAGAAUAUUGCGUCCAGAAGGAAAGGUUGUGAUCCGAGACUCUCCUGAGGUGCUAGACAAAAUGGCACGAAUGGCUCAUGCUGUAAGAUGGUCUUCUUCCAUACACGAGAAAGAACCCGAAUCCCAUGGAAGAGAGAAGAUUCUUAUUGCAACCAAAUCUCUCUGGAAAUUGCCAUCAAACUCCCACUGAAGACACGCAAAAAAAAAAAAAAAAAGAGGAGAAGAAGAAGCACUUCUCAGGCAUGUAGGUACUGUCACUUUCUCUCCAGCCUCCAUCUGUCUGUCUCUAAGACACCAACCAGAUGAUAUACAUUUUUGUGUUCGUGACAUUGCCUCUAUAUGUAUUACAAUCGUAUAAUGUCCUGAUAAUGUUAAUUCUUGGUCACACGUGGUUGUGUCAGUGAUUUAUGUGCUGGGUCUACCUUUUAGUAGCAACUUGUGACCUACAUGAGUAAAGUAUGCAUGUGACUCUGCGUAUAGUUUUUGUACUGGAGACAAUGUAUUAGGUUGCACGUCCUGGAUACGUAUUUAUGUACUGAAAACCCCAACUUACUGUUACUGACAAUUCCUAUGA